GGAGAAGGCGGAGUUCAUUUCAAUAAAGUCCAAAACCUCCUCUUUUCAGCCAGUGGCUGUUUGCAACAAGUUGGGAGCUGUGUGGAUUUUAUGUAGAGGACUUAUGAACUGCGCAUUUGGAUAACCGGAAGAUUUACAAGGAUAAAACAUUGCACUAUCGGAGAAGUUCCGGUUAAAAUGAAGAGUGUGUCUCUAUUGUGGCUAUGUGCAGCUGUGGCCUUGUUUGGCCUUGACACUGUGCUGUCCCAGGCCCCUUCCUAUGGAGAGCGAGGGUCAGAUUUGGGCAUUCAAGUGUUCCAGCAGGUCGCCCGCUCCAAGCCUUUGGACAACGUGGUGCUGUCUCCCCAUGGGGUGGCCUCCAUCCUGGGAAUGCUGCUCAGUGGAACCCAUGGAGACACAAGGAAACAGAUUGUCAAUGCUCUGCGCUAUAAGAAAAACGGACCUUAUAAGAUGUUGAGGAAACUCCACAAAACUUUGACAGCAAAGUCGAACCUGGACGCUGUGGUCAUCGCCAACGCCAUCUUCACACAGGAGGGAUUUCCGCUGGAGGAAGAGUUUAUGGAGACCAACAGACUCAAUUUCCAGACUCUGACCAGCAGCCUGGACUUCACCAACCCCCAGGGAGCAGCAGACCACAUCAAUGAAUGGGUCAACAACAACACACAAGGCCACAUCCCAACUCUGAUCAAAGCAGACAUGCUGGACUCUGCUCUGACCCGACUGAUAGUGGUCAACUCCAUCUUCUUCAAAGGACUGUGGAAAACCCGCUUUCAACCAGAAAACACCAAAAUGAGGCCAUUCCACGGAGGCAAUGGGAAUCUCUAUAAAGUUCCAAUGAUGUCCCAACUUUCUGUUUUCAAUAUGGCUGCAGCCAGCACACCUCAAGGCCUGAAGUAUAAGGUGAUAGAGCUGCCGUACCAUGGAGCCUUGGUUAGCAUGCUGAUCAUCCUGCCAAGUGAAGAGGACACACCCCUCUCCCAGGUCCUGCCCCACAUCAGCACUGCCACUGUCCAAAGCUGGGACAAACUCAUGCACACCAGGAAGUUUCGCCUCCUCAUUCCCAGAUUCACAGCUCAAGCGGAAGUGGACCUGGAAUCUGCUCUCACAGCGCUUGGGAUCAGAGACAUGUUUAGUCAGGAAAAGGCUGACUUCAGACAUACAAGUUCUGAACCAUUGUUUGUGUCUAAAGCGCUCCAGAAAGCCAAAGUUAUUGUAAAUGAAGAUGGGACAAAAGCAUCAGCAGCAACUAUGGCCAUAUUGCUUGCUCGAUCCUCUCCUCCAUGGGUCACUGUGGACAGACCUUUCCUCUUCCUCAUUCGUCAUAACCCAACAGGUACAAUCCUCUUUAUGGGUCAGAUCAACCAGCCUUGAGUUGCACCUUUAAAAGCUUUUGCCAGGGCACUGCCAAGAUGACACCGAUGUUAGUGGAUAGAGUUAUGCACAAUGUAUAUUCUUUAUUUUAAGUACUGCUCUUUUUGUCGUGUUUUCUGCAUGAGAAGCAUUGAAAAUGUUUCGCCAACUAAAGGGCUCAGCUUUUUUUUAUUGUUACUUCUCAUUUGUGUAACUUUUUUUUUUUUUUAUUUUUUUUUUUACAUAUUUUGAAUGUCUAGUGCGUAUUUUUGAAAAGUCAAGCACGAUAAGCAGUUUCUUUAUCAUUUUUUGGUUCAGAAAAAAAAGGCCCAUCACUCCAGUUUCUGAGGUUCUUCUGAGUUUAAUGUGUCAAGUUUUUAAACUUUUUUUCAUAUAAAUACACAAGACAUUGUCUUGUAUUUUUUCUUAAUAUAACAGUGUUAUUAUGUAUUCUUAUCAAGAGUACUUGAAUUUCUUUUAUUCUACUAAUGUAUGUCUUUGUUUUGACAAAAGACAUACAGCAUUUUGACAAAAAGAUAUAACAGCACAAAGAUGUUGAUUUUAGAAUAAUGAUCCAGGUUUUAAGUUUAAAGGACCAGGUUGGGUUUGAUCUAUGUAAAGUCAUAUGGCUGACUGUAAAUCAUUGCACAGCAGAGGUUGCAGUUCCAUAAACACUCAAAAUGUGAUUAUUAUCAUCUUUUUGGAAUUAUAAGACUUAAAAUUGCAUGUAAACAGCAAAGACAUCUGAUUUCUUUCUGAUCAUGAUCGCUCUGAUUACUCGCACCAGAGGUCCAAAAAUCUGAUGAUAAGAUAUGCAUGUAACUGCCGCCAAUGAGUAGUUAAAUAACUCCUAAGGCAUAUGUCUGCCUUAUGUUUAUUCUCCUCUUAUUUGAAAAGUUUACUCAGCGUCAAAUAGUUUAUUAGCUUGCAGUAGCAUUCAUAUUUGAGCCCAAUUUAUGGUAAACAACUGAAAUGUGUGAAAAUUUAGUGUGUUUUAGUUUCAUAUUACAAGUUUUUUACUGGCUAUGUUACAUCCAAUCACUUACAUUCUAACAGUAGCAACACAACAAAACAUACAGCUCGUAAGGAAGCUCUGGUUAAUUUAUUUCUAAUAAUUUAUAUCUUCAACAACGGCCAUGAUUUAUCAAACAGAUCUGAAGUAUAGAGAGAAUUAGUAGUAUAGGCCUACACUGUACAUUCAGUUUUCACAGACUGUACUUCAUGAUCUGCUUUAUAUAUAAGCUUUACAUGAUAAUAUAAGUGUCAGGUUUUUUUUAAACAUUUACUACACAAAGGGUUACACUGACAAAAACAGAGAAAAGGUGAAAAAUGUCGCCCUGAGUAAAAGUCAUGGUUUAGUUCCUAGUUUAUUGAAGUUUGGCGCUGAUUUAGUCCUGGUUUAGUCUUUAGUCCUGAUUUAGUGCUAGUUCGGUCAAAUUCAGACCAGGAAGAUCUGUGUCAAGUCUGUUUUAGUAUUUUUCAGACUUGGGUAUUGAAAAACAGAAGUAAUUAUUACAGGUAUUUUACAAGAAAUAUAUUACACUGUCUGAUCCAUAUUCAUCAAAUAUCAAAUUUCACUUCUGAACUUGUGAAUCUUUUAUGACAAAUUAAUCAUAACAUAAUCUUAACUAAUUAUAACAAAUGGAUUUCAAGCGCAUUAUGUAACCUUUUCUGGAGGACAGUGCACAUGUUUGCCUCCCUGUAAAUGUUAUUGCUUUGCCUGGAAUGUUCCACAAUAUGGCAUUAAACUAUCUAUCUCUAGGGAAACAAGUAGGUGACGCCACCAAGCAGAGUUCCAGGUCAAAUCUUUGGAGAGGCGAGCCGACUCAAGAAUGCAUAUUUUUGAAGCCAUUUUUUUGCAAUAAAAACACCUUUAAUUAAUGAAUGCAAGAGGGAUUCAUUUAAUUGUCUUACUCCACACAGAGCUCUCCAAAGAGACUAGCAAGUGGCAUGCUCCCCACCAGAAAAGUUACAUAGUGCACCUUUAAACUAAACCUGAAUUUUCUGUAUGGAAUAGGUGCUCCCAACAUCCACAACUGAUCUAACAGGCUCAGUAUAACCCUAUGUAGAAGGGUUUCAAGUAUUGCAAAAUUAGGACCAUACUGAUUAACAAUUUAAAACAUUUGAUCUUUUGAAUAGUCAAAAGUUCUAAAAAUUACAUCUAUAACAGGAAAACGUGACAAAAACCCAUUAAUUAAUCUGGCGAAUACACUAACCCAAAAGGUGAAGGUUGGCUUUUAUUAAUACAUGAAAUAGAUGAAAUAGUGUCUGUUCUCACACUCCCACAUCCCGAGACCUCUUUAAAUACUAAUUACAAGUACUUACAAGACAACUCUGGGCUGACAAUUUUAAUAGUAGUUUAGUGCAAAAAUCUAAAAUUUCAGCAUUCAUUCAGUUACAUUUUAAACAAUCACUUGGAUUUUUUAGAAAGUUUACUUUGGAAAUGUGACUGUUUAUAAUUAUUUUACAUUGACUUGAACAAUGCUGUUUUCAUGCAGCACAUAUUUACAGAACAUUAUAAAAGCUGACCAUUCUUUAAAAAAUAAUAAGAGUGAACCCAGUUUCUCAAAUAUACUGGUACAAAGCAAUUACUGACCACAUUAUGUUUAAUACCAACUGACACAGGUAGCGAGUAUUAAAAAAAGUAUAUAUUGCGUUUUCGGGCACUUAGUUUAUAUAUUUUAGUCCAUUAUUCAUUAAAGAGUCUGUACCUGAUGUAUCUGAGCAAAAUUUGUCUUGCCCCAGUACAGCUAUAUUCUAGAAGCAGCUCUUGAGAUAAAAAUAUAACCACAGCAUGCUGUCAGCUUUACCAUGACGGCUCUGCAACUCCGCUCUGGUCUACUGAAAAGUGCAUACAAACUCACUGAGAGAAUAAUUAGUAUGCUCAGAAUGUAUAAGGUAAAUGAGGAAUAGCUUUGGACCAAUGUCAAUCAUUUGAAAUGAACUAGUUCUGUAUUUCAUGUUGUUAAAAGAAUAAAAAAUGGGUAUGUGUCAGCU